AUGCAAUACCUCCUAUUCUGUGCUGCCGUUCUCCUACCUCAGAAUCUUGCUUUUCCAACAUCAGCUAAACUAGAACCAGACAUGGAGAAUGCAAAGGUGUAUCUUGACAAAUUCUUUCCGCAUUUUUCAAAAACAAACAUUUUAAGUUUAGAAGAGAGGAUUGAAGAAAUGCAGAGGUAUUUCCACCUGACUGUAACUGGAAGAUUAGAUGUAGAAACAAAAGAUUUUAUGAAACAGCCCAGAUGUGGACUCCCCGAUAUAGGACAUGACAGAACAUUUUCUGGAAAUAGAAGAUGGGAAAAGACACAUUUGACUUACAGGAUUGUCAAUUACACACCUGACCUACCCAGACAUAAAGUGGAUGAUGUAAUUAGAAGGGCUUUUAUGGUAUGGAGUGAUGUGACUCCUCUGCGGUUCCAAAAAAUAUCCAACAGAUAUGCAGACAUUGAGAUUCAAUUUGCACGCCGUGAUCAUGGUGAUGGAAAUCCUUUUGACGGAAGAGGUCAAGUACUAGCACAUGCAUAUCUACCUGGACCAGGGAUUGGUGGAGAUGCUCAUUUUGAUGAAGAUGAAUUGUGGUCAGAGUACAAUCGAGAAGUUAAUUUGUUCCUUGUUGCUGCUCAUGAAUUUGGCCACUCUUUGGGACUUCUUCAUUCAAAUGUCCGUGGAGCUCUGAUGUACCCGACCUACUCAUAUGUGAACCCAGCAACCUUCAGACUUUCACAGGAUGAUAAGCGAAGAAUUCAGCAGUUAUACGGGAAAAAGUCACAAAACUCUUGA